AUGGCAAACCGCGAUGAACUAAUUCAGGAAUUUGUUGACACAACUGGUGCUUCCACUGAACAAGCGCAAUUCUUUUUAGAAAUGGCUGGUUGGGAACUUAAGGUUGCCGUAAACCAGUUUUAUGAGUUUGGUGAAGGUAUUGGUGCUAGUCCUUCAAAAGACACUGGUGCUGCUUCUGCUGGCACUGGCGAACAAACAUUGGGUGGUACGCCCAUGGCGCAAGGUGGUUCUUCUUCUUCCUCCAAAGUGCGUACACUUAGCGAUCUAGGAGGUGGCGAUCACGAUGACGAAUCCGAUGACGAUCAGCAUCAAAACUUCUUCGCAGGCGGCGAAAAAUCAGGCGGACCUGCGCCUGAAGAAGAGGCAAGCAGCAGCGCACCCAAGCCUAACUACUUUAAAGGAUCUGGUUAUAAACUUGGAAGCGAAGAAGAGCCAUCAUCAGUCAUCAAUCAAACAGCGCCUAGUGAUGAAGACGAAGAUGAUUCACUUGAGCCAGUUACUCGGUAUUUGACUUUUUGGCGUGAUGGAUUCAGCGUGGAUGAUGGCCAAUUAUACCGUUACGAUGAUCCUGCCAAUCAAACGAUGCUUACAGCUAUAAACAGCGGACGCGCACCACUUUCUUUGUUGAACGUUCGUCAUGGCCAACCUGUUGAUGUACGCGUAUCACGUCGUCAGGAUGAAGAUUAUGUGCCACCUCCCAAGGCACCACCAAAACCAUUCGAAGGAGCUGGUAAUCGAUUGGGCAGCCCAGCCGCUGGGUCGUCGUCAGAACAAAGCGGCAGCACACCGGGCGCAUUCCCAUCAUCAUCGUCAUCUGGAGCAGCCGCAUCAUCCGAGGCACCUGUCACAGUCGAUGAAUCACAACCGACAACAUCUUUACAAAUCCGUCUUGGCGAUGGAUCAAGAUUGAUCGCAAAGUUUAAUCAUACACAUACUGUUGGUGACGUUCGUCGAUACAUUGAUGCGUAA